CCUGACCUUGGGCACUUCCCGGGAUGGGGAAUCCACCCCUCCCUGGGCACCCUCUCUCUGCUUUGGGGUUUUCCUGCUCGUUGCGGGACUGUUGGGAAGCCCGGUUGAGUUUUCCCUCUCUCCCUGUCCCCCCCUGCAGCUGGAGAAGAAGGAGGUGUCCGAGGACAAGGAGGACAUCGAGGCCAACCUGCUGCGCCCCACUGGGGUCGCCCUGCGGGGGGCCCAGUUCUGCCUCAAGAUCUUCAAAGCCGAGGAUUUACCCCAGAUGGAUGACGCCGUCGUGGACAACGUCCGGCAGAUCUUCGGCUUCGAGAGCAACAAGAAGAACCUGGUGGAUCCCUUCGUGGAAGUCACCUUUGCCGGCAGGACGCUCUACUCCAGGAUCCUGGAAAAAAACGCCAACCCCCAGUGGAACCAGUGCCUGACUCUGCCGGCCAUG